GUCAUCGCCUCCGCGGCCGGGCCGGCGAAGGCGACUGUGCUUAGAAUACUCACAAGGGCGGCCCAUAUCCCUCCGCCGCCGCUGCAGCCCGGCCCUCCUUACCCCUGGCCCGCCAAUCCCCGCGCCUCCCGACCUGCACUUCGGCCUGGGCCCACCCAGCGCUCUGACGGCCCCACCCCGGCGGUGCCGCCCGCUUGCGCGUCCCUCUGUCCACCUGCAGCAAGCAGGAAGGCUAGCAGUCCCUUCGGCAGUCCCACCGACCCCAGCCCGAGGUUUGGGCUCCUGCUCCUCGGCGGAGGGAUCCGCGGCGGCUGAGGAGGCGGCGCAAAGCCUAGGAGGAAGAGGCUGCUACGACGGCGGCGGCAGCGGCGCCUGGGGCGGCAGCGCAUAAAGGGGCCACUGCCGGGUGAUGCGGUGACCGCUGCGGUAGGCCCAGGAGCGGUGUGGGCCCCGGCCCUCAGCCUAUCCCGCCAGAUCCCGCCUCCCCAUCUUCUCCGACCGACCGCGCUUGCCUAGGCAGCCUCAGGCUUCCUCGCCCCUUCCCCGUCCCUCCCCCGCCCCCGUCCCCGCCCCGGGGGCCGCCGCCACCCGCCUCCCACCAUGGCUCUGAAGAGAAUCCACAAGGAGUUGAAUGACUUGGCACGGGAUCCCCCAGCACAGUGUUCGGCAGGUCCUGUUGGAGAUGAUAUGUUCCAUUGGCAAGCUACAAUAAUGGGGCCAAAUGAUAGUCCAUAUCAGGGUGGAGUAUUUUUCUUGACAAUUCAUUUCCCAACAGAUUACCCCUUCAAACCACCUAAGGUUGCAUUUACAACAAGAAUUUAUCAUCCAAAUAUUAACAGUAAUGGCAGCAUUUGUCUUGAUAUUCUACGGUCACAGUGGUCUCCAGCACUAACUAUUUCAAAAGUACUCUUGUCCAUCUGUUCUCUGUUGUGUGAUCCCAAUCCAGAUGAUCCUUUAGUGCCUGAGAUUGCUCGGAUCUACAAAACAGAUAGAGAAAAGUACAACAGAAUAGCUCGGGAAUGGACUCAGAAGUAUGCGAUGUAAUUAAAGAAAUUAUUGGAUAACCUCUACAAAUAAAGAUAGGGGAACUCUGAAAGAGAAAAUCCUUUUGAUUUCCAUUUGACUGCUUUCUAUGAGCCCACGCCUCAUCUUCCCCUGUGCACAUGUUUACCUGAUACAGCAGUGCUGCGUGUUGUACAUACUUGGAACAACAAACUAGAAAUACUGUACUUCUGUACCAACAUUGCCUCCUAGCAGAGAAGUGUGUGUGUGUGACAAGCCAGUUCUCCAGGCGUAACCUAGGUGUGAAACUAAAAGCUUUCCUUAUUGACUUAAAUUUGGAUAACGGCAAGGUGUGAGGGGUGGUAGGUUUGGUGUGUGCUUGGACGGGGAAGAAAAGCUCCACUGACCUUUUACGAGAUUGUUUUUAAGUGGAAUCCAUUUAAACUCAAAACAGUUAUGAAAAGCAAGGUGAAGAACAUGAAGCUGUUUCUGUAUUCAUUUUAUUCCAAAGGACCUACGUCUUAGGUGGAAGUUAUGACCAACCAGAUUAAACUCUACCCACAUCCUGUAUUUUAAGGUCUAAGUUUAACCAGUCAAUAUUUAAAUGGAUUGGAGCUAUUAGUACAUAAAGUGUGAUGGGCUUUGUUCCCAACUCUUUUACGUCUCCCCACACCCUCAACCUUCAGCCUUUCAGCCCCUCUUUCUCUCUUCCAUAUUCUUCGGUUUGUAUGUGGUUUCUCAGUUAAUACAUAGCUAAUAGCUCUUAUUUUUCUUAUGUUUUUAACUGCUUAGGUCUAUUUGGAUGUAAGGGUGAAAAUUCAUUUGAUGGAAAUACUUGUGUAUAUUUAAAGACCCAAUUGCUCCUCUGGAGCUUGUACGUUCAAGAAUGAUUAAUCUGUGUAAUAAACUGAUUACUACAGUCAUUACAUA